UCAUUUUUCAUCAGUAUAUAAAUAGUAAAGCGGCACUAUUCAACAAACUUUAGAGCAAGAAAGUGAAAAUCAGAGAGAGAAAUCAUGAGCGCUGAAAAUCAGCCUUCUUAUAUCCUUCAAUUCUGUGGUUUAACCGAUGGAAAUCCUGGACCAGCUGGUGCAGGAGCUGUACUGCUUACGAAAGAUGAUCGGAGAGUGCUUUGUGCAUUCCGCGAGGGACUGGGACAUCGAACAGUUAAUGUUGCUGAGUUUCGCGCAUUAAUUUUAGGAAUGAAACAAGCGAUGAGGAUAGGAUAUAAGAACAUCGUUGCUGAAGGAGACUCACGACUUGUUAUCAAUCAGUUUCAGGGUUUAUGGACAAUCGGCGCAGAAGAUAUAAAGGCGCUACGUGACAAGGCUUUGGAGUUGAAAGCUAACUUUCAAUCAUUCCGCAUGAUACACAUUCCUGAGGUCUAUAACAGUGCAGCUGCUUGGCAAGCAUUCGAGGCCAUUGAUCUCGAAGAUGGUCAAGUAUUUGAAGAUAGUCAAGUUGAAGAUGAUAGUCAUGAUGAAGAAGAUAGUCUUGGAUAAUGAUCAUCUCACAGUAUGCCACUGUCAAAAGCUAUUGGCAACUUACAUUUCAUGUUGAAGUUUUCCCUAACAAUUUAGCAUAGGGGGGAUUUUACAUAUAACACUUUGUUUCAAAGGUUGAAUGUUGUUUACAAUACUGUAAAAUUUGAACAUACCUCCAUGUUUACAAUACUGUAAAA